CCCUCAGCCGAGCACCCCCGGGGGGCAGCAGCCGCCCUGCGAAGGACCGAGAAGGCGGGAUCCCCCUUCGACCGACCCCGUCCCCGUUGCCCCUCACCUGCCGCCCGCCGCCGGGCUGCGGCCACCGCCGCCAUCUCGCUGCCCCCCGGCCCCUGCCCCGGUAGCGGAAGGGGCGGCCACGGAGCCAUGAUGGCGGCGGCCACGGUGGAGGCGGCGGCGGAGCGGCAGCUGGAGCUGCUCCGGGAGGAGCGGGAGGCAGAGCUCGCCGAGAGCAGGUAGCAUCGGCCCCAUAGGUGGUCCCCGAGACCUGCCGUCGCUUGUGGGGAAGCUCUGCUGGGAUCGCCCCUAUAGGAUCUGCUGGCACCCCUAGGAAAGACUCACCCCCAUAGGAAACCGAGCUGGAGUCACCCCUGUAAGGUCUGCUGGCACCCCUAGGAAAGACUCGUCUCGAUAGGAAACCCUGCUGGGCUCGCCCCUAUAGGGUCUGCUGGCACCCCUAGGAGAAUCUCUUGACUCGUCCAUAUAUGAAACCGAGCUGGAGUCACUCCUAUAGGGUCUGCUGGCACCCCUAGGAAAGACUCGCCCCAUAGGAAAAUGAGCUGGAGUUACCCCUAUAGGGUCUGCUCACACCCAUGGGGAUCCCUGCCAGACUUACCUCUGUAGGACUUGCUGCCACAUGCAGGAAACCCUGCUGACUCCUAUAGGAUCCCCUCUCCUAUGGGAAGCCUGGCUGGCCUGGGCCUUACAGACACUUAUAGGAAAUGCUGCUGUACUCACUAUGUACAGUCCACUCAAUGGGAAACCCUGCCACAGUCAUCCUGUAGCACCUGAUCUCACAUAUAGGAUUCACCCAUACUGCCAGCUCGCUCCUAUAGAUCCCUGUUAGACUCACCCUUUAGGGCUUGCUGUCAUCUAUAGGAUCAAAGCUCACUCCAGCAACAUUUUGGGGCUGCUCUUCUCUUCCCCAGACCCUAGCUGGCAUCCUGCGGUCCCGUGGCCCCCACACUGCCCUGCCCAGAUGCUUAAAAUUCCCUACAAACAAUGAAACAAAUUGGGAGACUAAAGAGGAUAAACUUGGGGGUUUUUAUUUUUUGUGUCAAUCCAUACAAAAGUAAAGAACCCACCAAGGCCCCCAAGUAAGACUGUGGGGUGAACCCUGCUGCUGUGGCAGGCGUUGGGCCCAAAGGACAGCAAGCUGCAAAGCUGCUGCCCGUAUUUUGUGCCUUAGUCGCUUGUAGCCUGCAUGUCAGCGCAAGAUAUCUGCUCCUUUUCCCUGUGCAGCUGCAUGUGUGGAGUAUUUGUUGGGGAUUAGCAGAACUUCAUGUGAAAAACAGCAAAUCUUCCAUUUUAGAGCUUAUAUGUGAUAGGAGAAAACUUGGAUUAUUCUCUCAUGGCUCAUGGGACUGGGUUAACUGGGCAGCAACUUCCUUUUCACACUCAGACAGGAGAGAGGAAAAUCAUAUAAACCUCUUCUUCAGGAUCAGUGAGCAUCGCCCCAUUGCCCAAAAUAAUUCUGCAGAAGCCAAUCCAGUUAAAUUGCUACCAAGCAGUCAUGGCCUGGCAGGAAAACGUCUCCCUGAAGGAACUGCAGCGCAGGGGUGUCUGCUUGCUAAAGCUCCAAGCUACCAACCAGAGGACUGGCCUCUACGGGCGGCUACUUGUGACGUUUCAGCCUAGAAAAUAUGACUCAGACGCUGAGCUGCCCUAUAACAGUUUCGGGCCUGGUGACAUUUUGGGGCUUUAUGAUUCAGUCGGCCAGGGCGAUCCACUCUCCACCGGCAUUGUAACACGUGUCACCUCCAAAGCAGUCACCGUUGCCUUUGAGGAAUCUCGAGAUGGCAUGCUGAGCUUGGACCGUGAGAGCUCUUACCGCCUGCUGAAAUUAGCCAAUGAUGUCACCUACAACAGGCUGAAAAAAGCUUUAAACACACUAAAGCAAUAUCGUGGUGGUCCAGCGUCUGGUCUGAUCGAUGUCCUCUUCUUUUCGUCUGAUCCAACCUCAUUCAGUGAAACAAAGCCUUUAAAGUUUUACAAUGACUUGCUGGACACAUCACAGAGGGAGGCUGUGUCCUUCUCCCUGGCACAGAGAGAGCUUGCCAUCGUCCAUGGACCACCUGGCACAGGGAAGACCACGACAAUAGUAGAGAUCAUCUUGCAAGCUGUACAGCAAGGCCUGAAAGUCCUGUGCUGUGCCCCUUCCAACAUUGCAGUGGAUAACCUGGUGGAAAGGCUGGCUGGCUACAAAGCCCACAUCCUACGGCUUGGGCACCCUGCUCGCCUGCUGGAGCCCAUCCAGCGGCAUUCCUUGGACGCGGUCUUGGCUCGCAGCGACAGCGCUCAGAUUGUGGCAGAUAUCAGGAAGGACAUCGACCAGGCCUUCGCAAAAAGCAGAAAGGCCCAAGACAAGGGAGAACGGAGCCAUUUUCUCAGUGAGAUUAAGGCACUGAAAAAGGAGCUGAAGCAACGAGAAGAAACUGCCAUGACUGCAGCCCUUACUCAUGCCAGUGUUGUCCUUGCUACAAACACAGGUGCUUCCUCGGAUGGUCCACUGAAGCUGCUUCCUGAAGAUCACUUUGAUCUUGUGGUGAUAGAUGAGUGUGCACAAGCCGUGGAAGCCAGCUGCUGGAUACCUCUGCUGAAAGCUCCCAAGUGCAUCCUGGCUGGGGAUCACAAGCAGCUUCCCCCCACCAUCAUCUCUCACAAGGCUGCUGCCAGCGGCCUUUCACUCAGUUUGAUGGAGCGUCUUAUCGAGAGGUACGGGGAGAAGAUCGUGAAGAUGCUGACUGUGCAGUACCGGAUGCACGAGGCCAUCAUGCAGUGGGCUUCCUCGGAGAUGUACAGCGGCCGGCUCACUGCUCACCCGUCAGUAGCCCAGCAUUUGCUCAAGGACCUGCCGGGGGUCACCUCCACGGAAGAAACCACAAUCCCCUUACUGCUCAUCGACACCGCUGGCUGUGGCCUGCUUGAGCUGGAAGUGGAAGACGAACAGUCCAAGGGCAAUCCAGGAGAGGUGCAGCUGGCCGGUUUGCACAUCCAGGCUCUGGUGGAAGCUGGUGUGAAGGCACAGGACAUUGCUGUUGUAGCCCCCUACAACCUCCAGGUGGACAUGCUAAGAGAACACCUUUGCCACAGGUACCCAGAGCUGGAAAUUAAAUCAGUUGAUGGUUUCCAAGGGAGAGAGAAGGAGGCAGUGGUCCUGUCGUUUGUGAGAUCCAACAGGAAAGGUGAGGUGGGCUUCCUCGCGGAGGACCGGCGGAUAAACGUGGCGGUGACCCGCGCCCGGCGCCACGUGGCCAUCAUCUGCGACACGCGCACCGUCAGCAGCCAGGGCUUCCUGCAGCGCCUCGUGGCCUACUUCAGCCAGCACGGGGAGGUGCGCACGGCCUUCGAGUACCUCGACGGCCUCGUGCCCGAGAACUACUCCCACGAGAGCCACGGUGAGCGGCGGCAGGGCACGAAGCCCCCCGCGGCACCCGGCCCUGAGCCGCGGCCGCCCGCAGGGAGGAAGCCCAAAGCAGCAGCAGCCAAAGCAGCUCCGCAGAAGCGAGAAACGCCUUUCUCCCCGAGCACCAGCGGGCCUGGGAGAGAGAGCCCAGGGACAAAAGAUGAUACGAACACGUUUAAAACCAUGCUGCUGGCCUUCCUGGAGAGCAGCGAGGCCCAGCUGGAUUUCCCCCCGUCCCUCAGUUCGCACGAUCGGAUGCUGGUGCAUGUCCUGGCAGAGGAGUACGGGCUGCAGCACGGGAGCACCAGGGAAGGCAAGGAGCGGUACGUCAGCGUCCGCAAGAAAGAGCCUGGGCAGCCUCCGGCACCCUCAGCUGCCACCUCCAGCCUUCAGCAUCCCCUUCCUCAGCCGCAGGAACCUCCUGGGGAAGCUCCUGCCCCUGUCGAGACAGGAGGAAGCAGUGAGGGCUCGGGAAAAGUGGACCUGAGAAGCUUGCACCUGGAGAGAGUUCAAAGGGAGAAAGCAAGACGAGAGGAGAUGGCAAGGAAGCUUCAGGAGCCCAGUGCUGGCCUUCAAGGCGGCAGCAAGAAGAAAGACAAGAGCGAAGCCAAAGGAAAGCCAGCAGUCAAAACCGGGGUGGCCGGCACAACGGAAGAAGAUAUUGAUGCUCUGAUUUCUGCUGCCAUUAAAGCUGACAACACCUGUGGCUUCCCCCGCUGCAAAGCCAGUGUUACAACCCUGGGCCAGCUCUGCCCCCACUGCAACAGACGCUACUGCCUCAGCCAUCACGUCCCCGAGGUUCACGGCUGCGGGGAGAAGGCCAAGGCGCACGCGCGGCAGAGGAUCAGCAGGGAAGGGGUUCUCUACCCUGGGAGCGGCUCCAAAGACAAGUCCCUGGACCCUGCCAAGAGAGCCCAUCUCCAGCGCCGCCUGGACAAGAAGCUCAGCGAGCUGACCAGCCAGAGAAAGAGCAAAAAGAGAGACAAGGAGAAAUGAAGGUGCUGGUUACUUCUCUCUGACAACCGAGACCUUUUCUUAGGUUAACGGGUCAGGCUACGAACACCAAAGAUGCACCAAAGGGUGGUGCUGAGCCCCACAGGAAAAGGGGAGCUCGUUCUGGGUGGCAGACAGCUUGGAGCCAGCGUGCCAUAGACUGCUGAAUAAAUAGUCACCGGGCCUCUCGAAACCCCAGAGCUGCAACGGAGGAAGGAGAGCACUUUCCUUUGUCCCAGUUACCCUUAUUGACAAAGUAAUGGAUGUACACAGAGAGGCUGCAGCGUGCCAAUAAAGACGGAUGUUAAAACACCUAAAGCAAUCAGCUGUCACUGGGACAUUUCUGCUCCAGCAAAAAGAUAAAUGCCUGUGGGCAGUAGGGUGGGGAGGAACUGAAAAGCCCCAGGUGACCCUCUCCUCUCGGGAGGAUGACUAAGGAAAUGGAUGCCUCCAGCUCUGUCCUCCCAGCUCCUGUCCCUCCCGGACCCAUUACCUGGCCCUGUACCCCCCGAAAUAAUCCAUCCCCCACCCUGCUUUGCUGCCUGCUGAGCCUCAGCUCUGUAGCAUCUCCUCCACAGCCCCCAGCGCCAUUGUCCCCUCUCCUCGAUGGCUCAAGGAGGUCCUGAUGACCCACACGUCUUGAACCACCCCCGAGAAGUGGCUCAGAAAGCCACUUACUGUCCCCAGGGCAGCACACGAGUGUCAUUCUAGGAGGAAGGGAAAGCUGCUGAGAAGCCUGCACAGAGGAGGGACUGGAAGAGGAGCAGCGAAACCACCAAACCAUACGUGCCUUGGCAUUUCAGAGCUUUGCAGCACUUGCCCACCAGCGAUUUCAGCCUCACUGAACACCAGGGGAAGGCACUCAUCUCAUCCUGACUAAAAAAAAAAAAAAAAGCUCAGCAAUUUGCAGGGGCUGCACAUUAGGCAAACCUUCCUAUUUCUUUCUUUCUUCCCAAACGCUAGGUGAAGUAGCUAAUAAGCACAUUUUUCCCCUCAAAUCUUGGUGCCUGUCAGUACCGGCUGUGC